AUGUCAGGAUCACACCGUCCUGGAUAUUCUUCCAGCAGAACCUCAAUGCGCCCUCCACCGAGACCGCAUGGCGCCCACUAUCCCUCGAUAACCGGCCGAGCGCCAUCCCCAGCAGAGUCACUGUCCUCAAGCGGUGCUUCUAACGCAGGCACUAAAAGAAAAGAGAGGGAUUUUGAUCAGGACCAUGGCGAGGAGACAAACAUCCAUGUCGUGGUGCGGUGUCGGGGUCGAAGCGCGAGAGAAGUUCGAGAAAACAGUGGGGUGGUGGUAUCAACAAGCGGAGUAAGAGGAAAGACUGUUGAAUUGUCAAUGGGACCCAACGCAAUCAGCAACAAGACCUACUACUUCGACAAGGUGUUCUCUCCUGCGGCAGACCAGACGAUCAUUUUCGACGACGUCGUAGCGCCCAUCUUAAACGAAAUGCUGACGGGAUUCAAUUGCACAAUAUUUGCCUAUGGGCAAACGGGAACGGGCAAGACAUACACCAUGUCGGGCGACAUGACAGAAACGCUUGGACUGUUAUCUGAUGCGGCCGGCAUUAUUCCCCGAGUACUGUACUCAUUGUUUCAGAAAUUGGAAGCGGAUGAGGUCGAGUGUUCAGUUAAAUGCUCCUUCAUCGAGCUCUACAACGAGGAAUUGAGAGAUUUACUGUCGCCGGACGACUCCGUCAAACUAAAAAUCUUCGACGAUGCAAGCAGGAAGAGCCACUCCGCUACAGUGGUCCAAGGCAUGGAGGAAUCGCACAUCCAAAAUGCCGCAGCUGGCAUCAAGCUUCUGCGGGAGGGCAGCCACAGGCGUCAAGUCGCAGCCACCAAAUGCAACGACCUCAGCUCUCGUAGCCACACAGUCUUCACCAUUACCACAUAUGUGAAGAAACCCAAUAACACAGGCGAAGAUUAUAUCUGCUCCGGGAAACUUAACCUUGUUGAUUUGGCUGGGAGCGAAAACAUUCAAAGAAGUGGCGCAGAGAACAAAAGAGCCGCCGAAGCCGGACUCAUCAACAAGAGCUUGUUGACACUUGGAAGAGUGAUCAAUGCCCUAGUGGACAAAAGUUCGCACAUCCCUUACCGAGAAUCAAAGUUGACAAGACUGCUACAAGACUCGCUAGGUGGAAGAACAAAGACAUGUAUCAUAGCCACAGUUUCGCCAGCAAAGAGCAAUCUCGAGGAGACGAUUUCGACCCUGGAUUAUGCGUUCCGUGCGAAGAAUAUUCGAAACAAACCGCAGGUCAAUUCGAUGAUAUCCAAGAAAACUUUGCUGAAAGAGUUCACCACCGAGAUUGAAAAACUCAAGAGCGAAUUGAUUGCCACGAGACAGCGUAACGGCGUCUACCUCACCAAUGAGCAGUAUGAGGAGAUUACGGUCGAGAGUGAAUCCAGGAGGAUACUGAGCGAGGAACAAAAGGCUCGGAUCGAAACGAUGGAAGUCAGUUUGCGCAACAAAGUCCAAGAGCUCUUCAGCCUGACCAACAACUUCACAAUGCUAAAACGGGACAAUGAAGGGACUCGGGCGACCCUGGAGAGCACAAAAGAUGUGCUUGAAAAGACCGAAGCUGUUCUUACAGACACAGCAAGGCUGCUCGAGGAGGAAACUGCUCUUCGCGAAGCACAUGAAUUGACGGAGGAGAAACUGCUCGGAAUUGGGACAGAGCUGGUCUCGACUGUUGGUAACUCUCUUAAGGAUAUCGAUGGUCUGCAAGCCAAACUCAGACGGCGCUCUCUCCUUCACUCUCAGAACCGCGAGGCGUGGAACUCUUCUCUAACUCGGGUCAUUGACGUCUGUGGCCUGGUUGACGAACGCAUCGGAAGCUUUCAAGCAGCACAUGCAGAAGCCGCCGCCGCAAGCUCUCGUCGCAUCGAGUCGUUUAUAGCAGCCGAGAUGGCGCACAUGGAAACUUCUGCACAACUAUCCAGGGAGAAGUCGUCCCAGCUGGCCGAAGACUGCGCUGGUGUCGAAAACCAGUCGUCACAGGCUAGAGAUUCGAUGAAUAACGUUCUCGAGGAGAUCAAAGAUCUACGUGAGAAUGUCAAGGACAACCUAAGCGAGGGUCUUCAAGGUCUUUCCCAGGCAGCUGCGAAGAUAUCUGCAGAAGUGAUUUCGGAGCUUGAGCAAUUCCAUACUCAAUUGCAUUCGUCUUACAGCGGGUUGGGGAAAGAUUUCAAAGCGAUGUUCGAAGACCUUACCAGGCAACUGGCGGGCCAGCGAGAGGAAAUCGAAGUCUUGUCAUCGGCGCUCCAAUCGGCCAGUCGCACAAGCAUUGAGGCGUCGCUGUCAGCCUCGACCCAGCUCGAAGCCAUCAGGGACGAGGAGAGAAGGGCUGCGGCGGAGGAGAAAGAGAAGCUCAAGGAGCAGAUCAUGAAGCUGGUUGACUCGUCACAUCAACAGCAAGAACAGAGACUGUCCAGCAGACUGAAUAAUAUUCAGUCACACCUCGUUGAGGCGACAGAACAGUUCGAAAGUGCCGACAAGUCGUAUCGCGAGGGAAUAGACAAGUGGACAGCUCAAGGCGACGAACUCAUGGCACAGGUCGUUACGUCAAAGGACGAACUGAAGACUAAGAUUAAGGGCGAUUGGAUGGCAGUCAGUACGCGGAAUUUGGCCAUCCAGAAAUCCACCAAGUCCGUCCACGAGGAAACGGUCAAGAUUGUCGACGCCCAACUUACGCAAAUGUCGACUCAAAUGGGGGCUCUAGAUGAAUUUGUGACGCGCGCUCGACUACAGAACGACAGUCAUCAUACCGAACGCUUGCAGUGCUUAAACAAGGCUAUAUCGCGUGCUCAGGAUGGUCUCAGCGGUAUUGAGAAGGAGUCGGAGCAGCGGCGUGAGAUAUUUGGAAACUUUACAGAGGAACAGGAGACACAUCGAGGAGAGCUCGACAAACUCGUCGGAUCAUUGGAGGCAGAGACAAGGCAUCCUCUCCAGAGCAUAAAGGCAGAACUCUCAGAAGCAACUUUGAUCGAGUACAUUCCAACUGGAGAGACGCCGCAAAAGAGGGAGUGGAAUUACCCGACAUACCUGCCCCGAACCGAAAAUCACGAAGCUAUCAUUGCUAGGCUGAGGGGCUUGCCUGACCCUACUCUGAUUGUCAAGACGCCUUCAUCAACAAAGACGCCCGGCCAUUCGCCCAGGAAGCAAGCAUCACCGCGCAAGGGGCCAGCAUCGCCUUCGAAGCUGCCGAGUCCGAGCAAAACCAAGAUCUUUACGGAUGUUCAGAAUCCCACAAUCCAGGCAUCUUCUACUACAUCGCUAUCUCAAACACAAGGCGCCGCCAGUGGGGAUCCUCCCAUUGAGCCGAAAUGUGGGUUGAAGGAAGUCGACAUCAACGUGAUUAACAGUAAUCGAGCGACAGCGUCAUCGUCGACAUCUAUGACACUGUCCAACAUUGACGAAAAGCCAGUGCUGCUUGACUUUAGCAAGAGCGUUGGCAGCGGAAGUCAACAGCCACCACUCAAGAGGCAUGCGACGACCAACGCCGUUGUCGAGAGCAGACUGCCUACUGCGAAGCCGGGCAGAGUGACACGGAGUACAAUGGCUGGGUUAACAGGGAUAGGGAUGGGUGGCGUGGAGAAUUUGAGUCAGAGUAUCGGACCAAUGGGCGGAGGCAGGAGGCUGAGAAGCAGUCCCUCCGGCUAG